CGGAUGGUUUUAAUCAAUGAAACGUGCUAGUGUGUGAUUGCAACUAUUCACCGGGAGGUGAAUUUGAAUUGAAAUUCUCCUCCCUCUCGUAUCCCCACUACAUCGAGGGCACGAGUAUUUGAUGAGAUCGAUGGGGUCUUUGGCUGAUCUGCCGACUCUUCUCGUUUGAACUGUCGUGAUUUUAUCGAGCCAAGGGCUUCAUGCAGCUUGUGGAAACGAGAAGAUACAGUUCUUGUGAUGGAAACGAAUUGAGGGACUAGUGCAGAGAGUGUUUAGGUGAUUAUCGAAUAUGAAACGGAGAAGAACGUGAAACAAGGCAAUCUGGCGAAUAAGCGAGAACAGAGGAUGGAGGACUCCUCGCCGAGGAUGAAACCUUAUCUGGACUGUUGGGAUAAUGAGGACAAGUAUUCAGUGGCCAACAGUCAAGCACCCCUUCAGGAUGGGGAAGAUGAGCAUCCGGAGCGAGGAACGUGGACGGGAAAAUUUGAUUUUUUACUUUCCCUCCUGGGAUACAGCGUGGGACUCGGAAAUGUCUGGCGAUUUCCAUACCUCUGCUACUCAAAUGGCGGUGGUGCCUUCCUCAUCCCCUUCACCAUUAUGCUCGUCAUCGCAGGGCUUCCUCUCAUGUUCAUGGAGCUUUCACUGGGGCAAUAUGCCAGCUUGGGUCCAGUUGCUGCUUACAAGAGGUUUUCACCACUGCUCAGGGGUCUCGGAUACGGAAUGGUGCUCGUUAGCUCUGUAGUUAUGCUGUACUACAACCUCAUCAUCGCUUGGACGCUCUACUACAUGUUUGCAUCUGUUGUUGGAGGCAGCAGCCUACCCUGGGCGAAUUGCGAGCCCGAGUGGAGCGGUGAGGACUGCAUCGAACCGAUAAAAGCGGAGGAGUGCGCCAGCUUGAAUAAUUCUUAUUACAAACGACAAUGUUUAAAUUCAACCCAACAAGCUGCUAUGAACCUCUCAGCAGACAUAAUUGCAUCGGCAGUGAGACGGCCCCCAGCCGAGGAAUAUUUCGAACAUCAUGUGCUGGGAAUGAGUGAAGGAAUUGAAAUAACUGGAUCCGUCCGUCCGGCAAUGGCAGCCUGUCUGCUUCUCGCCUGGAUCAUCGUGUUCCUGUGCCUCAGCAAAGGGGUCCAGAGCUCGGGGAAAGUCGUUUACUUCACUGCAUUAUUUCCCUACGUUGUUCUGAUCGCCCUCUUUAUCCGAGGAAUUCUCCUGCCAGGAGCCGACGAGGGAAUUCUGUUCUACCUGACCCCCGACUGGAAGCGCCUUGCCUCGGCGAAGGUCUGGGGUGAUGCAGCAGUUCAAAUAUUUUUCGCCCUAAGUCCGGCCUGGGGUGGCCUGAUCACCCUGAGUUCCUACAACAAAUUCGACAACAACUGCUACAAGGACUCCCUGAUCGUAGCAGUGAGCAACAUCGGGACCUCGUUCUUCGCUGGUCUAGUUAUAUUCUCGGUAAUUGGAUUUCUCGCUCAUGAACUUGGCGUACCCGUUGCCUCGGUUGUCGAUCAGGGAGCUGGACUAGCGUUUAUUGUUUAUCCAGAGGUUGUGGCGAGAUUACCAGUUGCACCUAUCUGGUCUCUUCUCUUCUUCGUGAUGCUACUGACCCUGGGACUGGAUUCCCAGUUUGCACUCAUGGAGACUGUUACUACCGCUAUCCUCGAUGGUAUUCCUGCACUCAGGAAUUUCAAAACUUGGGUUGUUCUCGGGGUAUCGAUAUUCGGCUACGCGGGGGGAAUUAUUUUCACUACCAAUGCCGGAAUGUACUGGCUCCAGCUGAUGGAUAAAUAUGCAGCAAAUUGGUCAGUCCUUCUGAUAGCAAUUAGCGAAUGCAUCCUGGUAGCGUGGGUGUACGGCGCAGACCGCUUCCUGGAUGACGUCCAGCACAUGAUAGGUCCCCGAGGGAGAUGCUGGAGAUUCUUCUGGACGUGGAUGUGGAAGGUGAUAACACCAGCUGCCCUAUUCUUCAUCCUGUUCUUCAACUGGGUCGAGUACGAGCCACUGUCCUACGGCGCUUACGUAUACCCACGAUGGGCGGACGCCGUUGGCUGGCUUGUGGGAUUAUUUCCGGUCUUUGUCAUCAUUUUAUUUGCACUGUUCCAAUUGAGAGCCCCGAAGAGACGAUCGAAUUACGACGACGACGAUGAUGACGAGGACGAGUCAGACCCGAGAACCUCCAGGAGCUCUGAACGCGUCAGACAGAAAAAAAAAGGGGAGUCGGUGUGGGCAAGGGCCAGGAUGUUGCUACAGCCUACUGCCGAGUGGAGACCUGCCAACAGAAAUCCUCUCACACCGUCGAGAACUUUGACUCAUACACCACCACCAGGCCAACCUGGUGGGUAUGACUCAGUGAGAGACACCAUAGUGCUAGUGAAUGGUCAACCGAUGAUGCUGCAGCCCUCGAUACCCUCAGGGACAUCGCAAAAGCUUCCUGGUCCAUCGAUUCUCAAGAAUUCCAGUAAAGCUGAUCUCAUAACAUCACAACAGGUCUGACAUGAUGUGCACUUCUACUCGGAGUAAUCGAUAAUAUUUUAUUCUUCAAAACGCUAUUUAUUAUUUAAAUGAAAAAUUCAUCCUUGAGGACACGAAUCUGGGAAAUCAUAGUCUCUGUUUCUCCGUGUGGAAUUCCUUACACUACUUCUUUUUUCCUUUUAUUUAUUUUUUUUUUCUUACUGAUUGACUCAAAUAUUACGUAAUCGUUGAGACGCGUGCUUGUGGCCAAUUAGACGCGUGUCACGAUUGCGCGAUAUUUUCACGGAAUUGUGACGACUGGAUUCGCUCGAUACGAGGAAAAAAAUGUUGAUGAACUAAUGCAACUAGAAUUGAAGCCCAAUAACUAAUGGAUGAAUCAAGAGGAUUAUUUGCCACAUUCACACAUUGUCCAGGUGUCUUGCUCAUUAGAAGGUAAACCAAUUGAUAUAGCUUAUCCAUAAGAUAGAUUUUAGUUAAGUGUCUUCAAGAUGAAAAUGACUAUUGAUUAACGAUUCUGACAAGGAAUUGUUCAGUAGCGAACGAGAGAUGUUUUCAAUAAUCGUGAGUAAAAAGAAAAGAGUGGUAUUCAGGGAAUUUUGGCGGGCCAGAAUCGCUAGAAACGUGCAUUGAUAUAAUCAUUAUUUGAAGAAUAUAUCACAAAUAUAUAAGUGUACGUGAAGUCAAUAAUUGUGGGAAAAUAUAUUAAAAGAGAAUCUAUUUAAAUAUGGAAUCAUUUAUUUUUUAUGUGAAGAGCUGAGACGUGAGAGACAUAUACUGAAGAAAUUGGGCUCAUUUACAACAUGUUGCUAGUGAUUAAACCGUGUAAUUAUAUGAUAUAUUGUACAACGUGAGUUGAGGGGAGUGCUGGAGGGCAUGGGUCAAUGGUUUGAUAGUUAAUCCUAUUAACUCAUCCCGACUGACACUUUCACUGGUAUUUAAACCUUACACAAUUAGAGAUAUUAUACAUUUGAGACAGACCCUCAUGCACUCGUUGCAUACUUCCGCAUCAUUUGAUAAUACCUCUAUAAUAAUUGACAACUGGAGAUUUCCGAGAAAGGGAAGAAGAAUAAUAAUCCGAAUAAAAUAAAAUCCCACGAAUGUUCAAGCAUAUACUCAUAUCUGUGAGCAAGUGUCGAGUGAUUUACCAAAUAUGUAUAUCAGAGCUGAUGAAAAAUAAUUAUCUAAUAAUGUUACUGUUUGCAUUGAAUGAGAGUGCAUGUUUUUACGUGUUCUAGGGUUUAAGAAAGUAUUGAAAUGUUCACGAGUUUAUUUGAUCUGUUAUUUUUCAUUUUUUCUCAAUUUAUGAUUUCCGUUGAAUCGAGGAAAAUAUAUAACUGGGAUAUAUCCCAUGCGUUAGAUAUAAUUAACUGUUGCUAAAUGGCUUGAGAUCUUCCAUUGAGAACGAGAAGAGCGUAGCAUACACGAAAAACAUGUCAAUGAGCUUUCUCGUACGAACAAGGGAAAUUAAAUAACGUGAAUAGAGUUACAUUAUUAAUUUAGAUAAUUAGAUGAUAAAUGUCACCUAGGUUGAAACGGAGAGGAUACAUGGGGUCAUUAUCAACACUAAGAUACAACCGUGAACACGAAUUUCCAGGGAUUAAUAUUAUUUUCGUUAUUUGUAGGUAUAGAAUAUUUUACGACUGAGAAUAGGGAAAGGAGGGAAUCACCCGGAUGAUAAGUGGGAGAUUAAUCAAACAGUAGAUGUUUAAAUCUAGGAGCUUGAAAAUCUACUUGUUGCGGUGCAGACAGAAAAAUCAAUCACCAAAAGUAUAAGAAAAAUGUAAACACCAGUAGAGCGAACAGUACAAAGUGCCCUAGGAGCUAAUUAUAGGUAGAAAAGUUGAGUUUUAGCCGAGGGGAAUUGGAUUUCUUGGGUGGAAACAGAAGAUAUUGUAAACGCUGGAUGAAUAUACAUCGAUUCCAAUGGAAUUCAUUGUUCUCCAGUAGAAUAUUUAGGGAGAAGCGUAAAAUUCACCCGCGGGAAAUUAAAAGUAUUCACUCUGGAUAUCAAAAUACCAAUCAAAGAUUAUUUACAAUAGUUUCGAAUAAUCAGAGCUAUGAAAAUUGUACAAUACCUUUAUUUCCAUGAACAUAAGUUCUUCGACAAAUCCAAACAAAACGUUAUACAAUCAAACACAAUAAUGAAUACAAAAUGAAAAUGAUACAGGAGUUAAGCUGAAAGAAAAAGACAAACGGUGACUUGUGAGAAAAAAAAAUAUAAAAGCCUCUAGAUUAAGACUCUAGAGAUAAUAAAUUGGGGUAAAUGUAUAAAUAUAUAUUAUAAAUAAAUAUGUACACGUUGUUGCAUAAUGUUAAGUUGCGAUGGGCCUCCGACGAUUGGUGGAUAAUAGGGAAUAACAAAAGGAUAAUAAUCGUGAGUAACUGAGAAAUUAACAGACACUGGAAUAUGACAGAAUAAUAACAAGUUGAUAACAAUAUUUUAAAAAGAAAAUGCUCGGUUGUAUUAUUAUAAAUGUACAUUGUACCACGAGGACACAAAGAUGAGGACACAAAUAUGAGAGUGAGAACAGAUAUACAUAAAGUAUAUGCAUUCUGUGUAUAUGUAUAUGAUGCGUGUAUAAAAUAAUUACAAUAAAGUGUUGAUAUAUGGUUGAA